AGUGUGCGCUGAGCCCCCGGGAGCGCGGCAUGGGUGGCGCGCUGCUGCUAGCGCUGCUGGCGGCGGCGCGGGCCAGCGAGCCUAAUGCCACCGAACUCAGCCCCUCGCCGCCACCAGAAGAGGAGAAGACCCCGCUGUUCCCCAUCGACCUGUUCACGGAGGAGCAGCGGCGGUCGGGCGCCGUGCUGCUGCACGUCAUCGGCAUGGGCUACAUGUUCGUCGCGCUGGCCAUCGUGUGCGACGAGUUCUUCGUGCCGGCGCUGGACGUCAUCAUCGAGCGGCUGGCCAUCCGGGACGACGUGGCCGGCGCCACCUUCAUGGCGGCGGGGGGGUCGGCGCCGGAGCUCUUCACCUCCAUCAUCGGCGUGUUCGUGUCGUUCGACGACGUGGGCAUCGGGACGAUCGUGGGCUCGGCCGUCUUCAACAUAUUGUUCGUGAUCGGUGCGUGCGCGCUCUUCUCCAGAACGACUUUGACAUUAACGUGGUGGCCCCUGUUCCGCGAUUGCUCCUUUUACUCGGUCAGCCUCCUGGUGUUGAUAUACUGUUUCCGGGACAGCCAUAUCUACUGGCAGGAGGCGCUGGUGCUGUUCUCGCUGUACGGCGCGUACGUGAUGUUCAUGCGGUGGAACCAGCCCGUGGAGCGCGCGCUCAAGAAGCUCAUUUACAAGAACAAGGUGACGCGCGUGCGGAGCACCGACCAGCUGAUGCCCACGCACCAGACAGCUGCCCAAACUUUGCAUGGCAACGCAACCACCUCGAGCGAGACGUCAGUGGGGACGAACACGGCAACCGCAGCGCCGUCAGCGGGGCCCAGCAAGGGCCCGCCUCCAGCCGCCAAGUUCCGUCAUGGUCUGCUGCAGCUUAUGAUUCACACCAUCGAUCCCAUGCAUGACGGUGAGUUAGGUAAAGUAGACGAGAAGGCGACGCAGCUACAUGCAAUAGCGUCGUUAAAGGUGCUGCUUGAAGCCACGCGGCCGACCGCGGGCGGGGCUGGCGCGGCCGCUGCGAGGCACUCGGCAGCAGUCGCGCAAGCCAAGGAGACGCCCCUGGACCUGCCCAACGGCGGGAUCGGGGAUGUCCAGUUAGAUGCUAUAGAAGAGAUAGGAGACCUGGACGAGGACACGACGCCGCUGGACAUGUCGUGGCCGUCAGGGUUCCGCAAGCGAGUGACGUAUCUGUUAGUCGCACCCAUUGUCUUCCCGCUCUGGAUGACCCUCCCAGACACUAGAACUCCUAAAGGGAAAAGAUUUUUCCCCGUAACAUUUAUAGGGUCAAUAGUUUGGAUAGCUUUCUUCUCCUACUUGAUGGUGUGGUGGGCGAACGUGGCGGGGGCGACGGCCCACGUGCCUCCCGAGGUCAUGGGGCUGACACUCCUGGCUGCAGGGACCUCGGUACCUGACCUCAUCACGUCCGUCAUCGUGGCCAGAAAGGGUUUUGGAGACAUGGCCGUCUCCAGCUCAGUUGGCAGUAAUAUUUUUGAUGUUACUGUUGGGCUUCCCCUUCCAUGGCUCCUGUACGGCCUGAUCAACGGGGAGCCAGUCCAAGUGAACUCCAAGGGCAUGGUCUGCAGCAUAGUGCUACUGUUCGCCAUGUUGAUCUUCGUCAUCAUCAGCAUCGCCUGCUUCAGGUGGAAGAUGAACAGGGGCCUAGGGUUCACCAUGUUCCUCCUCUACUUCGUCUUCGUAGGAGUCAGCUUGGGACUCGAAUACGGGUACCUCAACUGUCCGAGCGAAUAGACUGGUCUCUUCGUCUUUUGGUCUUCUCAUUAUUGAAUAAGGGAUUGGACAUUUCAGAUGAGCGUUUGAUCGUGACUAUUCGUUUUGGGAAUGAUAAAGGAAAUACGGAAUGAAAUUUAAGUCGAAUGCAAUAGAAAAGCCGGAAAGUAUUUUAUUGUAGAAUCCUAUAGAGGAUGAGGAAAGCAGAAUUUAAAAUAGUUUAUGGUAAAUAGUGGAGAACGCUAGAUUGCAGAACUGUUUACCUAAAACAAAUAGUCGACAGUCAAAUUGUAGCAAGUUGGUACUUCCAGCAAUAUUGCGACUCGAUUGCAGCGAACUGUGCGACGCAAACCAAGCGGGGGUUUAAUGUAAAUUCAACGUCAAUUUGUAAAACUGCGCGUAUACAUUCUGACGUCAAACUGUCAGAGCACUUUGACAUAUUUGACACAACAUGACGUUGAACAUGGAUAGAUUAUUCAUUUAGUUAUUUCAAAUGAAUAAUAAAAUCUAAUAAUCUAUUUUUACAUGUAAAAUUGGACGUAGCUCGCUGCAACCGAGAUUUAAAUUCUAUAUAAUAUUUUAAACAGUGUAAGUAUUAUAAGACGGUUACUUUAGCGUUGUGAAUUAUUUAGUUUUGUAUUUUAGUUGACUAGUUGCCAUAGCACAAGCAGUAAGGUAUUGCUCAAAGAUAAUCAUUUACUUUGGUAUUGCUUUGAUCAAGUUUCGUUUAGAUGUUUUAAACGGAGGCUUGUAAUAGAUUGUAUUGAUAAAUGACGAGAGAUUUACUUGCACCAAAUAUUUAUACAUAAGAGAAACUUAAGACAGUAGAACAAUUAACGAAAAUACAAUUCCUAUGAAAUGCAAUAAAGAAAGCUUCAGUGGUUCUGAUCAUAUUAUUAAGAAUUUUGCAUUGUAUGUAAAUUAUAAUGAGAUACAACAUUUUUGUAUCUGAAGUAAAUAUUUAGCCAUGAUAGAGACUGUAGUUAUUUAUAUGAAUGUUAGUUGUUUAACUCGAUGGCGCUUUUACGAAGUUUUAAGGCUAAGUUCUUAACCUGUCGUUAAAUGUGUCAGUUGUUUUUGUAAAUAUUGGUCGCGUUGUGUUGGGUUCUGUUUCGAGUUAGUUUCGAGAGCGCGGUGGCCGCCGCCCGCGCCGGUCCAUGUGGAUGAUUUAUAUUUUAAUGUGUCGUUAUAAUGAAGCGAUUUGAUGUAAGUGUGUGCGCGCACAAACAGCUAGAUGUACAUACACACAUAGAGGGUGGGAGAGCGGGGCAAAUGUGAAAGUUUUAAAUAAAAUCUCAUUCCAUAAAAUGUGCCUAAGAGUUUUACGAACUCAGUAACAUUUAGCUUCGAUUUUUAUAAAUUAACAGUAAAAAAGAAAAGAAAAUGUUAAAAAUAUCACUUUAUCAUCUGUUAGAAGACUACGCUUACAUUUAGUGUUAUAGAGUAUCUGAGGACGCAUCUGUCCCGCUCUACAAUAUAAUACGGUAGUUAGAGUUUACACUAUCUCUAUAAAGUCUAUCUAUAAUUAUAUGAACCAUACUACUCCUCGUUUCAUCUAUUGACUUUCGGCAGAAAUGAUUGGAUAGUUACGUCUGGCUAGUCAAUUCUUAAUAUUACGGCUAUGUCUUCAAAAUCUCUUCUUCCUUAAUAUUUAAAGGGCACGGUUCAGUAAAAUUAAAAAAUUGAAAAAAAAACAUCUUGUCAACCGUCCAUAGUUUCUGUUUUAUAUUUACUUUCCGCUUCUGCACGUGAUAUCACUCUAUAAUCUUUGACUCAUGAAAAACUUUAAUAAAAAUGAUCGUAAGUUGAAUUGUUGAUACCCAAAAAGUUUUAUAUUAAUAACCCGCCUAUUUGACAUAGCAAUAAAUAGUCUAGAAUAGAUAGUUAAAUAUUUAUAUUGUUAAGCUUUAACACUUCAGACCUUAGUGUCGCUCAAAUGAUGGAGAAAGCAUUAUUGGACUUCAAUGGAAAUGGCAGGGGGAGUGACAAAAAUGGACUUUCAGCUAAUACAAUUAGAGUUCAUUGUGACUUCUCGUGUCAUGAUCUAUUCUACUUAUAUACGCACAAGUAAACCAACAAUUCUUAAAGUUCGCUUUGUACAUCAACAUGUAACGUUUUGUUGUAUAGAUCAUUCUUCAUAUAAAUAACGUUUGUACUAUAUAAAGUUUAAAAAUGAAACACUCAAUUGACGAGAUAUGCAAUGUACUCUUAAGACAGUACUGGAGGGUUAAAACUGUUGUUUUGUGUAUGAAGGAUGGUAAUAUUCGUCUUAUAUAACUAUCAGUUCUUAUAAUAAACCAAUAUCUACGGGUAUAUAAGGCCAUUAUAUUGCCUUAUCAUCAGCUUAUCAUUAUAGUUUGGACUAAAGCUACUGCUAGACAGAACUGUCAUUGUCAUGUUUGUGAAAUCAUCAAUUCAUUUGGAAAAGUUGCAUUUCAUAUUCUCAUUCAGAAAUCAGAUUGUAGAACAUCAUAAAUGUACGAAGUCAAUUAUUUUCUACAAUCUGAAUUUGGAGCCCUCAAUAAUAAUAAUCAAUUUGAUUGGCUACUGUAAUUUGGAUUGACUUAUUGCCAGAAAUAAUAUAAGUAUGCACAGAUCAGCUAAGAAAAUGGUGGAUUGUGUUUCGAGAUACCAACUUCAAACCUCCAUUUUUUUAAUUAAUCUAUUACUCGAAAUUUCUUCUUGUCUUUAAUGUUUUUCUAAGUACAAAACUUUUAGCUCUGUUCCAAAAUUUGAGCUACAUAUAACUAACUAUAUUGCGUGUUAUAAGAAGCACGAUAUACGAGUAGUACAAAAUACUUAAUUCAAGCAAUCUUUUGCAUCGAGAAACAAAGUGAUUCCUGUCGAUACUUAUUCCAGAGUAAUUCACACAAAUUUUCGUUUGGAACAGGGUGCCUAGUACAAUAUAAAACAGCAAUAUUGCCAUAUAAAAAUAUGAAAAGUAAAAAACAAAAUGAAAUGUUGCUAUAAUGAUGACAUAUCGGUAGCUACCGGACAUCGUGAAGUCAUAAUCUGUGAUAAGAAGCAUGCUUAUGACGUGUAUUAUAUUAAAUAUUUAUAUAGACAUCAUCUCUCUUCGAGUUUUCAUAUAGUAUUAUGUAUAUACAUAUAAGCUUGGAUUUGAUAGCCUUCUGUAGUUCGCUUAGCGACGCCACUACUGGACAGUUACUGUGAAAUUGAAAUUCCUUUUUUUACGAAAGAUAUUAUGCUAAAAGAUAGAAAUCAUUUGAGAGUGUAGUAAAAGAAAAGUACUGGUGUGUAAAAAAUAAAUUCGUCCAAUGAAAGUGUGCUGUUAAAACUGAAGCACGAAUUCAUCUAUGUAUCUUCUUUGAUGACGUACUAACUAACACAGAUCUGAAAAUCAUUUCAAAGCACACUGCUUUCAAUUUACACACAUUAAAUUCAUGGCAUAUUUGGACAAAAAAAACUAUUAUCAUUUUAUAUUCUUAACCCACACUUCUAUUAAAACUACAAAAUUCAAAAAAACAUCAAAAAUAUACAAAAACUGUACGUGUAGUGGCCACUCUAUAAAAAUUUAAGAAUUUGACUCUAUAAAGUAACUUAAUUCGAUAUGAAUAAACUUUUCUUUACGAUGAUACAAACUAGUUUGUAGUAAACAAAAGUAUCCUUAAUAUUAUUAUCUGAAGCACCAAGUACCGUGAGUACGUUAUGCCUAUACUGAGAACAACCAAAAAUGUAAUGAAAAAAUACAACAAUCAAGGUUUGUCGAAGAGUCCAACAGUUUAAAAAGUGUGUGAAUAGUUCUGAGCUCGCGAGCACGAAAGGACCUUUAAACUUUCCAUUACAUUUUUGGAUUCCUCUGAAAUAUUCUAUAUGCUAUUAAAUUAUAUAACUUUAUACACUAGAUUUCUAUCUAUCUAUCUCUUGUAUAAUGUACUUAAUUAGGCUUUGUAAAUUAACCAUCCUUCCAUUCGUUUAAAGCUGUUAGUUAUUGAACUGAUAAAGAAUAUUUAUAAUCAUAUCACGAGGUUCUAUUCUUUGACGUCAGAAUGUAAAAUUGACGUUGACAUUUUAUAUUCUGGCGUCAAAAUUGUAUAGUUGUAAACUCGCCUUUAUGCAUGUCAGACCACGUAGUUACAUUAAACUUGCAUUUGUUCAGUACCAAAUAGCACGAGCCGAGCUAGAACUCAUUAACUUUCAAAAUUCGUUAUAACUAAUAGUGUCUGUAAGAGUUACAAUUUAUCAAUAUAAAUCGGUGUCCUCUUCCGACACCGAUUAAAUACAUAAAAUAUCCUUUAUAACUUCUUCGUAGUCUAAGACCUAGGCUUAAACGCUAUCAUUAAUAUAAAAAAAAUGUUUAUUAAUAAAAAAAUUGAAAUAUGAUAUCCAGGUAGAGAUUGUUACUAGAAAUGAUGGUUUUUAUAUAAAAAUUAUAAAGUAAAUUAUUGCAGAUAAUAAAAAAGAUUCUUCAUUCCACUUUUUUGUUACGAUGAUAUUUUGUAUUAUUGUCAUGAACACCAUAAAUAUUGUUUAAUAAGUGGUUUUAAUUUGAUUACUGUUUCAGCUUUAAAAUUGAUCGUAAAGGAAAAAGUGGAGUGACUUUGAAUAGUCAUCGAUUUCGUUUAUAGCUGACUAGUCUCGAUUUCGAAAGACAUUCCGAGAAGUGUUCAUUCCUUUGCACUUGUUAUGUCAAUUCAUUUCACAAUGUCAAAUAUGUUUACAACAAUAAAAUUAAAAUUGACAAUGUAAAAUUAAUGUUUGAAUUCUGACGUCGUCAUACAUAAGUUGUGACUGACAAUGCUAAAAUGAUUUUAAAUAAAAGUUUGUUUUAAACUAUAAAAUGAUAUCACACGAGGUCGUCGGAAUCGAGAUGACAGCGUAGGUUGUUAAUAGUGAUAUUACAAAUUAGGUAAAAGUAAAAAAAAUGUUAUUAAUUUUAAAAAACUGUAGAUAAGUUUUAGGAAUUUUCAUCAUGUUGUAACGAGUAAAAUGGGAGGAGAAAAGCUCUUGUUCUAUUUAUUAUUUUUUCAUUCAAACGAUAAGUGUCUGUGGUUUUUAUAAAGUUUUAAACAGUAUUAUGACUUCCGUAGUUAAUUUGAGUAUUCAUAGUUAAUUUCGUCGACAUUUGUGUCUUUUUGCUGUGAAUCUCGAUCGGAAACUAUUAAAUAAAAUAAAUAGAUUUUACUAGAACGUUUUAAUAAAUACCAUAGAGCACGUAUAUUUACAUAUAUUUUUCGAUAGAUCUGAUAACUUUAUUAAAUGCUGCGUUCAAAAAUGGUGAUUUAAAUAAAGUAAUUUGAACGUAGAAUUCCUCAUUUUCAAUAUGAUAGUAGUACAUGAUAAGUGAAGCACACAGUUAUUUGUUAUAAAUGAAUACUAUUAAGUAAUAUAUUUAUUGUCCGAUCGAGUAAUAUUGUUGUUCUAUUAAAAGCUUUUAAUGAUUGUUGAAGAUUAAAAGAUUGUGAUAGUUUUAAUAAUUCACUAGUUUAUUGCAUUUAUAUAUUGUGAGAUAAUUUUGUAUGUAUCAGUGUUUAUAAUUUGACGUAAAUAAAGAGCGUGGCGUACCCAAGCGUCGGCUGUCGACGGUAUUAUGAAAAAUUACAAUAAAAAUAAUAAAAUAGUGAGUGAAAAAA